AUGUUCCUCCCGAGACCCAGCGGCUUCUCGAAACGUGGAGUGGAAUCCCAUCAGAUGACGUACUUGAUCAUGUUGUCCAACUUCUUUCGGUUUCUCGAUCCCAGUUUCUCCGAGCUCCCGGACGAGCGCAAAGAGAUUGUUGAACGCCUACGCAAAGGUCAAAAGCUGUUAGAUAUGGCUUGCUGCGUCGGCCAGACUAUUCGUAUGCUUGCGAACGAUGGAGCACCGACUGAGAAUAUGUACGGUUGCGACUUGCAGUCAGACUUCAUCGAGCUGGGUUAUGAGUUGUUUCGCGAUCGAGAGAAGCUCAAGACGAGGUUCUUGAUAGCCGACAUUUUCGAUCCUCAAUCAGCGCUCAUGGGCAUCAAAGGGCAGGUCGACAUGGUAUAUGCCGGAUCUUUCUUCCAUCUGUGGGGAUAUGAGAAACAAGUCGAAGUCUCCAAAGCCGUGGUCGCGUUACUGUGCCCGCAACCAGGCUCGAUGAUACUCGGUCGACAGGUCGGAGCCACCGAGCCCCUCGAGAAGGAAGGUCCUACAGGCACGAUGUAUCGACAUAAUGUGGAGAGCUUUCAGAAGAUGUGGAACGAGAUAGGCAAUGAUCUCGGUAUCGACUUCACCGUGGAUGCCAAGCUCAAGCCGCUGGGUAGGGACCAUCAGAAAUUCCAUCUGGACGACAGUACUAGGCGGCUGUGGUUUGUCGUACGCCGUGGAUAG